AGCCAUGGCGGAGCGGUGGCGGGACGUGUGCGGGGUGCGCAUUGCCCCGCCCGAGCUGCGCUUCACCGACACGGUCCUGGGGAGCUGCUACCGCGCCGCGCUCACCGUGCAGAACCUGCGGGCGGACGCCUGCCACCUGCGGCUGCUGCCGCCACGCGAGCCCCAGUUUAAAUUGAUUGUGGAAAAUCCAGAUAAACCCAUUGCAUCUGGACUUCAAGUUAAAGCUGUUGUGGAAUAUACUCCCAAGUGUGUAGAAGAUCUUCAGGAUAAACUAACCCUUUUAGUAGAGGAUGAUGUAGUUCAUAUCCCCCUGCUUGUUCUCUGCAGAUUAAUUCCAUACUGUGAUCUGGAAGUAGAGUCAGAGGUUAAUUUUGGUGAAAUGAUUGCAAACAAUAAAUUAGUUACUAAAGAGAUUAGUGUUGCUAACCGUGGAACAACUUCAGGUGUAUUUAGAGUAACAUAUGAUGGGGUUGUCCUGCUUAAUAUAAAACCUGCCAGAGGAGUGGUAAAGCCAAAAUCUGUAAGGAAGAUUAAAGUGGAUAUCUGCACAGAUGUACCUGGAGUCAUCAAAGAAAUGAUGAAAGUGGAGUUGGAAAGUCGUGGCUGCACUGAAGUAUGGAUCAAAGGUGUUGUGGUUGAACAAGCUCUUAAAGUUCUUGGAGUGUCUUGUGGAAAAGCACUGAAGUGCAUUAACUUUGGACCCCUUUACUUUGGAACUUCAAAGACUGAAAAAAUAUAUUUAUACAAUGAAAGGUCUGAGUGUGUGGAUUGGGUAGCAGUACUGGAAGACAAUGCCAUUGGAGGAGAGAUGGGGACAGAUCUUCAGGGGAAUACAGAUGCUGUUCUACACGACUUAAGCCUGAAAAAUAAAGAUGUAGAUGUUUCCACCUUGAUCUUGUGCUUUCCCAAUCAGGGAACUUUGCUGCCUCAUGAGAAAUCUUUGAUUACAAUCUGCUUUAGUCCAGAAAAAUUUGAAAGAGAGUUUGAAGUGAAUGAUGCAUCACUGAUUCAAGAUUAUGUCCUGUUUCUGAGAUUUGAAGCCGUUGGGGAGAGAGGUGACUGUCUGCAGAACCUCAGUGGUGGUGCCACAGCAACCACAAGGAGUUUUUCUCAUCACGUGGACUUAGCUUUGAUGGGUUCUGGGUUUCCUGUGGUAUUAACUUUUAAGCCAGGAAGAGUAAUUCAUUUUAAGGACUGUUAUUUGGGUGAGCAAGCACAAGUUGUGUGCACAAUGAGGAAUGAAUCCGAGUUCCUACCAGUAACGUUCAGCUUCCGCAAGACUGCUCACUUCAAUAUUUCUCCUGAAAGAGGAAAACUUAAACGAAAAUCUGAAAAGGAAGUGACGAUUUCAUUUUCUCCACAUCAAAUAGGAGCAUUUGAGAUGAAGCAAAUUAUUGAUAUCAUUGGUACAGGAGUAGAUAAAAAUAAUGUAGAGGUUUUGAAGACAAAAUCCUUUCAUCAAAUAUAUUUGACCUUACUUGGUGUGUGCAAAUCUAAACAAACAAGCAUUGUAUUCACAAUUAAUCCUGGUCUAACACCCUUGAUUUCCAAUGCAACUGGACAAUUUGCAGUUCGUGGCACGGGACAGCUCAGUGUUACAGCACCUGUGGCAAUCCUUAAAUCAACCCAAACACAAAUUCAUACUCACCGGAAAAACAGGAAUUGUAAGGAUGAUGCACUUAUAGCUUUUCCUAAUGAUCGUGCAGCCAGCCUUAGGCCUAGUGAAUGGAACAAAACAUACAGGACUAUUUUCACAAAGACUGAGAGAUAUAAUUAUGUAGACCCAGAAUUUGCUUAUACUGACUCUGAAAGACUGUUAAGAGAAGAAGAUAGGAAACACUAUAUAAACUUCAUUUCCUGUUUAAGACAGCGUCGCUUAGAGAAAGAGGCUGCUAGGCAGUUUUAUAUUUAUAACACUCCUGUGAGCAUAGGCAUUAAACCAGCGGAAGGUCUUAAGUCACCAAAAAUCUCAAUCACAGAUUUUCCCAAGGAGAAACCACAGUCCAGAAUGCUUCCUUUAGAUGACAAUUGCUUGUUAACUAGUCGAGAAUUGGCAGCAAUUGUUUCGAAAUCUACAAACAAAGGAGUUUGGAGCUGGCUUAAUCCCAUGCCAUAUUCUACCAAGGAAAAGGAAGAUUGUCAUCUAACUUUGACACACAAACAGCUUCAUCAAAUAUUCAUUGGUCCUUCUACUAUAGAUUUUGGUGAGGUUUGUGUGUAUUCUACAACAACCAAAGAACUGCACGUCAUCAAUAACUUGUCAGUUCAUAUUUGGAUACAAAUUGAGAUGGAAGUUGAGGAAUUGAGGGAGACAUCUCCAUUGUCUCAGGUGGUGCCUCCUCUUACAAAAACUCAUAUUCCAGUUGUGUUUGAGACGACCACUGUUGGAAUGUUUAAAAGAUCUUUGAGUUACAAAAUAAACAACCGACACAUUGGACAUGUGCUGGUAGUUGCACAUGCAAUGCCUAUUGAACUUCAGCUGUCUACAAGGGAACUGAUUCUGACUCCUGUUCCUGGUUGCCUAGCAGGGACAGAGUUUAGAAGAACUGUCAGGGUGUGCAAUCCCAGAAACUAUCCUGCUAGCUUUAGUUGGAAAUCUGUAACUGGAGAUAGAAAAUCUGCAUUUACUAUAAAGCCAAUCAGAGGGUUUGUGGAGGCCUAUAGUGAUGUGGAGUGUGAAGUUGUUUGGCAUCCAGGGUUCAACACUCUAGAAACAGGACAAUUCAUCUUGUCUGUGCGCAAAGGAAAUUCAAUUCACUUGAAAUGUUUUGCAAAGUUUGGUACUACUAGAGUUCAGUUUAUGGCCCAAAAUAUAUCCUUCUUUCAUAGUCCAAUUGAUUUCACUACUUGUAAGACAGCCACUAUUCUAAACACAGGACACAACCAUGCAUACUUCCAAGUUCUUGACACAAACCCACUGCCUGGAAUGAAAAUCACCCCCUCUGUAGGAGUGAUACCUGUGGGAGGCGUUGCUGAUCUCAAAAUCUCUUUCUCUCCAAAGGCACACAUGAAUUUUGAUAAAAAAGUGGAGGUGGCAGUGAGGAAUGCAGCAGAACUCACACUUCGGAUUGGUGGAUUUUCAGAGAUCACUGAAAUAGGCAUUGAUGUGGAAGUAUUUGAAUUUGGUGGUCUUGCUGUUGGCGCUACAAAAUCAAUUCCAUUUUUACUGCAGAACAAGGGACAAUCUUGUACCAGAGUGGAGUUGGAUUUUUCUACGUAUAGGGAUUUUAAAUUGAAUGCUGAAGACAAUUCAGUGAUUGACCAUUCUCAUUCAAACCCCAAUUUGUAUUCAAUUACCUUAAAGGGAGGGUCAUCUUUGCAAUGCUUCUUGAUCUUGGUGCCAAAAAAGAUGGCAGCAUAUGACUUCAUUCUCCCAAUUGCUACUCCUCGGGCCAGUACCCCACCUCCAGUUCCUCCGGUGCCUCUGAAGCGCGGCGCAGUCGCACCUCAUCCGCCCCCGGAGGCUCCGGCUCUUCCACUCUGUAAAAUCAGAGCUCUUGUUACUCAACAAGUAUUGGAGUUCUCCUCAAUGGAAUUUAAAUUUGAACAACAUUCAAGUAACAUGUGUUCCAAUACUGCUCGUGGUAGUAUGAAUUCUCAGAACCUUGUCCUGAAGAAUCUCACAAAAGAGACUCUGAUUUGGAAAUUGAAUUUUGAUGAUGCAGACAAAAAUAUAGAAGAUGAUAUUUUCAGAUUUAGUCUGAAGCGUGGAUGUGUGUAUAAAGAAAAAGAAGUUAGUAUUACUGUGUCGUUUCACCCUCCUUGUCCUGGGACAUACACAUCUGAAAUAUCCAUGUAUCUAGAUGAUGAUCCGUCACAGUACGUGCUGAAAUUGUCUGGCACACUGAGGAUGCCAAAAAUAGAUUUUCAUCCCCCGUUUUUAAUGCUGAUGCCAGUUCCUCUGGGUGUGGAAACUGAAGCAGUGGUCACCAUCAUUCCACAGGAUUUUUUAAGACAAUCACGAAUUAGAGUUAAACUUCCUGAGCUUGAACUUGCAGACGGUACCAGAACUCACCCUUUUUCUGUGCAGUUCCCAGAGGGACAAGAUAUUUUUCUUUCAUCAGAUGGAGCAACUAAUGAACUGACUUGCCGUAUCAGCUUCAGUUCAUCUAAGCCAGUGUCAUUCUUGGGAGAAAUGCUCUUCAUUGACCAGGAAGAAAACAGGUUCCCAUUUCGGGUUGCUGGAACAGCAGACAAUUGUCUUCUUACCUUAUACCCGUACUUGGCAUUGCACUGCUCUGAUCAAAAAAUUAUCUGGAGAAACAAUGAAGACUUCAGCACUGGAGAAAUUGUUUUACAGCCAUGUUUUACACCACGAUCAUCAUCACAUAGUUAUUCCACCAGUUCUUUGGGUGUAGCUAGUGACUCAAUCUAUGAAGAUUCUUCAUCAGAGAGUACUACUUGUGAAAGUGAGAGCAAUGAGCAAGAGAGUGAGGAGAGCGAAGAAAUAAGAGAAGAAGGUGAAAGUGACAGUCAGAGUGAUGGGAGAGGAAAUAAAUGUGAAUUAUCAUUUUUUCCUGAUGAAGAUAAGGAGGAGUACACCUUCUUUCAAAAGACUCUAAAAGCUGUGAAGAGUUGGUUCACACUGUUUGGCUGGUCUAAGGGACAAAAUCCCAUUUCAGUACCUCACUCACUGAGACGUGAUGUGUGUAUAGUCCAGCUAACUGUUGCACAAGAAAAGAAUUUUAAACGAAAGGUUGACAAAUAUAAGGGAUUUUAUGAGAUGAUAUUGCAUCUGAAUGGACAACCAAUACCAGGCAUUGCAGCGAGCCAGUCAUUGCCCCCUGAUCCAGUAGAAAGAAUGUUCCAACUCCACUGGCAGCAUUCUGAAUUGCUUUCCUUCCUUAAAAGCCAAGGAGCAUAUCUUUCUCAUGUUAUGCCAGAAUUUCUGCUUUCACCUGAAGAUUAUGAGAUAUGGACGGAAGUGAAUACUGGACUGAGGUGUUUUACACCUGAAGUGAAGAGAGGAAGCAUGAGAAGCUCAGGCAAAUUAAGUGGCAGACCUAUUUUCGUUCUGGAGGACAGAACGUUUGAGACAAUGAGCAAACGAGCUUGGACAGAUGUGCUGCUACAGAUAUACAAGGUGUUUGUUCUUCCACGCGUUUCUUCCUGUAUUGUUUCUGACCCAUCAAGCUUGGAAAACUUGCAGAACAUACCAGGAAUAAAAUCAGAACCUUUAUCCAGUAAUAUAUAUUCUCGAUAUGAAAGAACCGUCCUCAUCUGGUUGAAUAAACAUUAUGAGAAAAAUCGAAAAAUUGUGUGGAAAGAUAGUCAAAGAGGUGGAAUACCACCCAUGAGGUGGAUAGUGAAUUUUGACCAAGAUCUUCUAGAUGGUCUGGUAUUGGCAGCACAGAUAGCAGCUUAUUGUCCAUAUUUGAUCCCCACUCACUUCAUAAAGAUGUAUACUAAUCCAAAAACUUAUGAGCAGUUUCUGCACAACUCCUUGAUACUUGUGAAGGCUCUGCAUGCUAUCAGUCUGGAUCUAGACAUAAAGGCCACUGAUAUUUGUGAUCCAAACCCUGUCAUGAUGCUUAUUUUGUGUGUCCACCUGUAUGACACUCUCCCUCAGUACUUACCCAAGAGCAGUAUAGAAUUUACAGGUCCUCUCCAUGCUACUGUUGUGAAGCAGGUGCGCCUGAAAAACCCGAGCAAUAAUACUUUGGGAUACAGUGCUGUUGUUGUGGGAAGAGAUGCUGGUGAUUUCUCUUUACCUAAAGGAAACACUGUUACCAUUCCUGCUACACUAUAUACAUGCAGCAAAAACCCUAGAGGAAUAUGUAAGAUUUGUAAGGACAUAAAUCACGUUUGGAUCCUGAAUAAAUUGUAAAAAUUUGCAGUGAUUGCUCUGAAAAUAAAUCUGGAGCCUUUUCAGCAUAGGAUUCUUAGUGGAAAUUCUGUUAUGGGGAUGUUGAUGUGCUUCAGCCUAGGUAUGAUAAAGUGCAAAUCCCCAUGUUAUGAGCUGAAGAAAUUGAACCUAAAUGUUACUAAUCCCUUCAGAACUGAUGGCACAUUCAGGGUAAUUUUGCUGGAAUCCACAAACUAUUUAGUGCACCCAGAGAAAAUGUAUCAAGCCAGGCAAGUAAAGCAAGAGGUAAAGUUUAGUUCUGAAAAUAGCGCGUUAAAUUCAAAAAUUGGUGCAUUGCCUGAAGAUUCAAAGGAAGAGACUUGCUCUGAUCAGUCUGGCCUCCUGCAUGAGUUCUUCAGUCCAAUGGAAGAAGUGGUCUUGAAAGCGAAAGGUUCUGCAGCCUUAGAUAUUCACUUCCUUCCCUUUCAUCAGGAAAAGCGUUACUGCACUGUCAUUCUGGUUAAUGAAAAGAUUGGAGACUUUGUGUAUCUGAUUGAGGGAACAGGAGAUUUACCUUUGCCUUCAGAAUUGCCUGCACUGGACAGUCCAAAUGUUUUGUGUGCUACCAAUGCCUCAGAAGAUGCAAGCGCUGUACAACCAGUUUUAUAUUUGAAAUGUGGCCUUGGUCAGACUCUGGAGGAAAAUCUGAGGAUUCCAUUGAUCAAUGAGGCAAGAGAGAGGGCCCUGGCUCUCGCUGCACAGCAGCAGAUGUCAGCCCUUGAGUAUGAGAGGAGAUUGAUGACUGGCACUCUGCAGAGCAGCACCGUUCGAGUUGCAACUGCAUUGUUGGGACUGUCCAGAGUAGAGAGACACGCACUUCUGAAACCUCGUAAGCGCCCGUCAGAGAUGAAGUACGUGGAUUACAGUGUAGAACUGAGCAUGAAACACUUCUUUGAAGUUCCUAAAAAGUUCUCUAUUCCAGUGUUAUCUUCAGCCAGAGUUAAUUUGGACACUUCAUCAGACAAAUGUCCUGCAUCUCAGAAAACAGGUGGAAUUGAUACAGUUGAGUUUCCUCUAAAAUUCACUCCUAAGCAUGCUGGUUGCUACCACUGUCAGGUUAUUCUGAAGUCGUCCUGUGACAUUCGUGUCUAUGAGGUUGAAUGUGUGGUGAAUGCAGACCAGGCCGAUGCACAGCUCGAAUUUCUAUCUCCAGCUUACCAGAUGGUGACUCAGGAAAUUCCAAUUAGUAACUUAUCCUGUGAGGACUGGAGAUUUGAAGCAACUUUGGAAGGACAGUGUUUUCAUGGCCCUUCUGUAAUAAAUGUGCCUGUAGGUGAAACAGUUCAGUAUCCUCUCACGUUCAAGCCGGUUGCUGAGAGUGUAAUAAUGGGAAGGCUUAUUCUGAGAAAUGUUACAGCUGGAACACAGAACAUCUUUAGUCUUAAGGGAAUAGGGAAGAAACCUCUGCCUCAGGAUUGCAUUGUGAUUGAGUGCCAAGUGGGAAAGGUCGCUCAUAAAAUCUUAUGGGUGCACAAUUAUACCAAGAAGAUGUUAAAAUACAAGGUGUAUUCCAAUCUCUCAAUGCUGAGUGGUGCCCCUGAUCUGGCUGUCAACCCAGAGGACACCGCUGCUUACACUUUGAGUAUCUCUCCCUGCAGACGAGGAGUCUUUCAAGGUGUAAUUUCAUUUGUUGCUCAAGAUGAAGACCAACAGCAGCCUCAAGGCAGCAGCUCACCACAGAAGACAGAUGGUAAAAAGGCCCUUCAGAAACUGUCAGCAGGGACUCCACAAGCUCUUGAUGCAGGUAACUUUGGAGGAAGUUCUACAAACUGCAAAGUGUGGUUCUCCUUGAAGAUUUACAGCACACCUGCAGCAGCAGAAAGGACAAUAGAUGUGGAUUGCAAAGCUCUGGAUACUGUUGGAAUUAAUAUUCCCAUCACUAAUCCUACCAAUAAAGUUCUCAAGAUGAGUGUGUUGCUGGACCAUCCAUCCCUUUUUGGAGAAAAGUCUUUCAUCCUCAGGCCCAAACAAACAUUUUCAUAUCACCUACAGUUUUCUGCAGCUGCUCUUGGCUCUUUUGCUGGAAGUGUCAUGUUCCGCUCAGAUGUGAUUGGGGAAUUUUGGUAUUCCCUGAAGUUCAACGUAGAGAAGCCAUCGCCAGCUGGGCUGCCUGAUAUAGGAUGUGAGCUUGGAAAAUGGACUUAUGCAUACAUACCUCUUGCUAAUCCUACUCAUGAAACUCUGGUUCUACAAAUGGUUAACAGCGAUCCCAACCAUUUUGCAGUAGAGGCUGACCCAAAACAACCUCUGACUAUUCCUCCUCAUUCCACCACUCAGCUGCCAGUGAGAUUCUCUCCCUCUGCCCUUGGAAGACGCAAUCACAAGGCAACAGUAACUUUCAAAUGCCCAAAGUUUGGAGAGCGGAUAUUUCACCUGACAGGGUCUGGAAUUCCUCCUGCACGGAUGGAGGCAACCACCAUCAGUGCCUGCAUUGGCGAGUACUCCUCUGUCAUCGUAUCCUUCGAAAACCCAACUGCUGAAACUGUGGUGGUAGAUAUCGUGCUGGCAGAUCAGGAGCUGUUGAAUCAGCAUCUGAGUGCAUCUGUCCUGUCCCAGGCCACCUGUAAGGAAUCUGUUUUUCAUCUUCUGGUUAAACAGCCACAAGGAAUCCGUUUAGCUCCAAAAGAAAAACUGGAAAUCCCCGUGUUAUUCAUGCCAGAAGAGAUGAAAAUUUAUAAAGCAGUGGUGGUAAUUCAUGUAAUGAGGGAAAACGGUGAAAACUGGCCUUAUGAGGUUACUGCUGGAUCAAAUAGAGACUUAAACAGCAAUGUUACUGUAGCAGAGAAUGGGGAAACUCAGGGAAUACUUUGGAUCUACCCGAUUAAUGGAACGCCUGAAGCACCACAGCAGAAAUCAGUUGUGAUUCGCUGUCGAGCCAGGCAGAGACUGGAACAGAGAGUAGAGCUGAUGCUGAUUGGUGUAAUGCCUGAUGCCACUGCUCUGCCUGACGCAGGGAAUUCUGCCACAGUCGAUUUGGAUGAGUCCCCCAACACCCCAGAAGUCUCUGAUGGUUCCUCUGCAACACUGGAGUUUCUGUAUGAAUUGCAAUAUCAAUCAGAUGAAAUUAGAUCUCAGCUUGAAUCUUUGGUUGGUAUGCAGCUGGUUGAAAAAGAAUGGGAUACAGAAUCCAGAAUUGUAACACUGAUCUUUAAUGUAGUGUUUGUACCUAACAAACCAAUGAGGAAUGAGGCAACAGUGAUAAUUCAGUGUACUGCAGGAGGCCUUUGGAAGUUUCCAUUGGUGUUCAUUGCCACGGAGCCAGAAGUGGAUGAUGUGAUCAACAUCGAAGCAGUUGGCCUGAAUAAGGAAUCCAUAGUUGGCUUUAAGCUCACAAGCCAGACAAGGUACCCAGAGCCGUUCACCGCGCGCUUCCUGGCGGGCAGCGAUCCCGAUUUCCUCGUGAUGCCGCAAGCUGGAGAGCUCCUCCCAGCAGGCACCGUGGGAACCCAUAUAACAGUGGGAUACAAGCCAAGGAUGUAUGGCAGGAGGCACACAGCCACGCUGGUCAUCGAGACACAAUCAAUGCAGUGGACAUAUGUAAUCAAUGGACUUCCUCCACAGACUGUACCACCUACAAUGGCAGCAAAAGUAGUUUGCACCAGCAGCUACAUGGGAUCAUCCACAGUCCGACAGCGCAAUUUUAUACGUGAAAAUCUGAAACUUAUAACCACUGGGGCAUCCUCACCAAUCAAAGGAGCACCUUUGGUCCUUAGGAAUAAACAGAGAAUGUUAUAA